GGAGUAGUACAUAAACUGCCUCAAGACCUGAUGUUCAAUCAGCUCCAGCAGUGAGUUAAGGAGAACAGACAGCAGAGUUUUCCAAGGGAAACAGGACAAGCUGCUAAUCUGAAGGCACGUUAGCUUUGAUACAUCUUUCUUUGGUAAAGGCACAUCACUGAGUUAUACUUCAGUCCAGCUGCCUGGACCCUGACAGAAGAACCCCCUGUAGGAGCGUUUUGUCCUGUGAAAGACAUAUCUCGUGUCUGAUCGCUGCCACGUCGGCUGACAGGUAGUGCAACAUGUCAGAGGAGGUAAAGCCAGAGAGCGUGACGCUGUAUCCCGUGAGUGCUGCAGCUGCCCCUGAACAGGAGGCGGUGUGCAUCUUUGGAACGGGGGACAUGGGACGCUCUCUGGGUCAACGUCUACUGCAGUCCGGCUACAGGUUGGUGUAUGGCAGCCGGAGACCUCACAGCUGCGGCCCCAUCCCUCCAGGAGCUCAGGUGAUGAGCCAUGAGAUAGCGGCGCAAUCAGCCAACCUGGUCUUUGUUUGUGUUCACAGAGAACACUAUGACUUCCUGGAGACACUUGCACCUCAACUCAAGGGGAAGGUGCUUGUGGACGUCAGCAACAAUCUCAAGAAGAAUAUGUACCCAGAAGCCAACGCCGAGUAUCUGCAGAGGUUAAUCCCUGGGGCCCAUGUGGUGAAGGCAUUUAACACCUUGUCAGCCUGGGCUCUUCAGAACGGACCUUCAGAUGCCAACAGACAGGUGUACCUGUGUGGAAACAGCCCUGAGGCCAAGCAGGCGGUGGCAGAGAUUGCCACCAAACUGGGCUUUGCUGUUCAGGAUAGAGGGUCCUUGGCUGCAGCCCGAGAGCUGGAGGAUUUUCCCCUGCAGCUGUUCCCAGAGUGGAGACUACCCAUGCACCUCACCAUUGGCCUUACUGCCGCCUUCUUCUUCUAUCUUCUCGCCAGAGAUGUGAUCUAUGCAUACGUUGACGAGGGAAAAGACAUCUCCUUCAGAAUCAUGGUGUCCCUGGCCAACAAGGUGUUUCCAAUUGUAUCUCUCAUCUUGCUGUCUCUCUGUUAUCUGCCCGGAGUCAUAGCUGCCGUUCUUCAACUCUACAGAGGAACCAAAUACAAACGUUUCCCUGACUGGUUGGAUCGCUGGAUGUUGUGCAGGAAACAGCUAGGUCUGAUAGCACUUGCCCUUGCUUCCCUGCACGUGCUUUAUACUCUAAUCAUCCCUAUAAGGUAUUAUGUAAGAUUCAGACUUGCAGCUCACACCAUCUCACAGAUCAGAGAGAACAAAACGUCUGUAUUUGACACAACCAUGGGCUGGAGAACCGACUCAUACUACUCCAUGGGGAUUCUGGGAUUUGGGCUGUAUGUCCUUUUGGGAAUUUCCUCUCUCCCUUCUGUCAGCAACGCUCUCAGCUGGAGAGAGUUCAGCUUCAUUCAGUCCAAGUUGGGAUACCUGACGUUGUUCUUCUGCACCUUUCAUACUUAUCUGUAUGGUUGGGACAAAUUCCUUCGUAUCUCGUACUACAAAUGGUACACUCCUCCUGGUUACAUGCUCUGCUUGGUGGUGCCGUCCGUGGUGCUGGUGCUCAAGGUGCUGCUUCUUUUGCCUUGUGUGGAUAAAAGCCUCACCCGCAUUCGGCAGGGCUGGGAGAGGACAGAUCCCGAGGAUAUCAGCAAGAAGUCGCUGCUAACAUAGGACUGUCAGAAACCGUCACAGACUUAGACAAAAAAAAAGCAUUGUCUUUUGGGAACACUCUAAAUGUAAUUAAACCUCAGCAAUACAGAAUUAAAAGGAGCACGAAAAUGAAAGCCUGUAGUACAUGGUAACAUACAGUAUUUACACCCACAUUUUAGACAAAUUAAGUUUUUUAAAGCUGUUUUGUAUCUUAAAGUAUUUUUCUGACUUACUACGCAAUAUCUUUACAUAUCUAUUGCUACUGAAGCCAAAAAACAACAAUAAUUUUCUUGUAUUCCCACUAAAGUACAUUAGACAAGCUUUUUGUUUUCUUUUUAAACUUCAGUGAUAUAAUGUUUGAUUACUCUGUAAAAGGAUUUUGUUUAUUUUUCCUUUUAUUAUAUACUCUCCUUGUAUGGAAAAUUGUAUAUUAGAGAAGGCUCUUCUGAUUAUCUUUGCUUCCACAGUUAUGUUAUGUUCAACCAGUAUUAAAGAGUAUUUAAAAUAAAGUUGAGCAAAUCUGAA